CUCACUUGCUCAGCUUCCCCUCUUCCUAAGGUCUCCCCCCCAUUCCGCCCCUUUCCUCAGCCCUCUCCUUAUCGGGUCAAAAAUUUUUCCCCUCUCCGGGUUACUUACGGGUGACUCCAAAGAUUGACCGGCCGAACAGCCUGAGUGGUCUGUCUUUUCCACCUUUCAAAUCCCAACGCCCCAUUUUCUCUCUGGUGCUGCCCCUCUCUUCGUGGUGGUAGCUUUGAGUUCUUACUAGUCCACUACGGCACGUGCCUUAUCUAAUCCACGCCGCUGUAAUCAGACACUAGCAAUCAAUCAAUCAAUCAAUCGUUCCCAUCAAACCCUCGAGUAACCAACACAGCCAAGCCAGCCAUGUCCGAACGAGGCUCAUUCCGAGGAGGUCGCGGCCGCGGCGGAGGCUACGGUGACCGCUCGGGCGGCCGUGGCGCAAGAAGUGGCGGUGCGAGUGGCGGUGCCAACCGGGAGCAGCAGCAACAGCAGCAGCAGGAGAAGCCCAAGAAGGAGAAUAUCCUGGACUUGAACAAGUACAUGGACAAGGAAGUGCGGGUCAAGUUCAAUGGUGGACGUGAAGUCACGGGCGUUCUGAAGGGCUACGACCAAUUGAUGAACCUGGUCUUGGAUGACGUGAAGGAGGGCAUGCGUGAUGACGAGGGCAACGAGACUACGCGCUCCCUGGGUUUGAUCGUCGCCCGUGGUACGUUGAUUGUGUUGAUCUCGCCUGCCGAUGGCAGCGAGGAGAUCGCCAAUCCGUUUGUGCAGCCGGAGGAGUAAGGGCUCCGUGGGGGCAGUGUAUUUUUGUUACUUAUAGGAGGGACGGCCAUCACUAGAUGAAGAGGAUGUUGGAAUGACCGACCUCGAUGGCUCGGCUACAGCUGUUACCGAGUCAACCUCGGCUGGAUGAUGACUUCGUCUGGCUUUGAGAAGGAGUCAUUGUCAAUUUACGAACGCAGAUGAGAAGAUAUACCAUGUAUGCUUUGAGUAUUGCCUUUGUAUCUUGAAAAUGGCCCUGCAUGCGCCGGCGAUGCACAACAGCAUAUUGACAGAUUAGAAAGAACAUCAAUGAAAUUAAUG